GAUCCGAGGAUCAGCUGGAGGCAGCAAUAAACACAAAUCUGCAGCGGAAGAAAAUAGAGGACAGGAGCAAAAAGCUGCAGAUGUUAUGAUCUGAAAACAUCAGUGUAACAUUUUUACACGAAGCCCUUCUUCUAAGAAGAAAGCCUUUUAUUUUUGUAUUAUGGUGUUUUAACUACCUCACUUAAAGGCUAUCUAAAGCUAUGCUUUAAGAAUUGUCGUUUCUACUGUGUGUGAUCUCGUUUACAACUUGAAUAAUAUUGCAAAGGCAGGCCUUUGCUCCAAACCAAGUGAAACCUUACAUUUGCACUACUGAGGCCUGUCCACUCCUUUUCGUCAAAACCGAGAUCCAGCAAAGGGCUUCCAGUGGAAAAAAACAAAAGAUCAGACAACGAAUUAAACAGAACAGCAACAAGUGAUUCUGAAACACAAACGAAACACUCAAAGGCAGCUACAGCUUUUAUUUGGUGGACAUUAAGAAAACAUAAAGCUUCUUAGUCAUCGACACUUGAUAACACGAGCAGUCAUGUUCCAGCGUUUGAGCAACCUGUUGUUUGGCGAAGUAGAGGAGGUGGCUGCUGAGCUGAAGGGACCCAACCCCUGUGUGACGGAAGCCGACGAGGAGGGAUGGAUGAUUGUCAACCUGCCUGCAGAUGCUGAAUGCAUGAUGCAGGCUGCAGAUGAGACUGAAGCCCCACUGACUGUGCAAUCAUUUCCAAACAAUAGUCAAUCAAAUCAUCAAAACACCCACUUGCCUCACAAGCGCCGUAGGACACAUAAAGCUCGGGCACGAGAUGCAGUAGCGUCAUCAGACCCCAUGUCUUCUACUAGCACUAAUCCUUCAGACUUGGGUGCCACUACACCCGUGACCCUACCGAGACGGGCCAGAAUAUCCACGCCCUUGUCCACCCCGUCAAUGUCCCCUGGCUCUAGGAGUGAGUGUGGGAGCAGUGGGGGUAGCAGUAGGGCAGGCUCAGAGAGAGGCUGCAUGGAUGAGAGUUGGUUUGUCACCCCUCCCCCCUGUUUCACUGCAGAGGGAGCCCCAGCAGAGGCCAGUCCAAUGGAGGACCUGCUCAUCGAACACCCCAGCAUGUCCGUCUACGUCUCCCCAAACAAUAUGUCCAUGAUCUCCAACAGCAACUUGUCUGUGGUGGGAGAGGAAAGCAUCACUAGCUUGGCCAGCAGCGUGAGCAGAAUGGCUGAACCAGCUGCUGCCCCUGCUACAUGCACCACUAUGCCCACUAGGGUGAGCCGUGGAGCAGCUGCCCAGGCCGGAGCUCUGGCCAAGGUCACUCAAGUGGCCAGAGUCCAGCGUAGCAAAGCCCGCAUCGAGAGGCGCCAUCUGGGACGCAACCGCAUCCAACGCCAAAAUCGCACCAGGGAGCAGGUUCCUCGUCAUGCAGCCCACGCUAGAAACUCCUUCCUUCACCAGCCCUGCAAGCGUAACUUCUGCCACUAAACUCCUCAGCCAUUAGGCAGCAUUGUUUACUCUGAGGGCAUUAGAAGUCCAUCGCAAGACAUACAAUUAAAUUAAUAUCCCGCAGAAAAUUUGCUUUCAUGCCUUCACAAAAUAUUCUAUUACACACAAAUAUUUUCUGUUCUGUUUAGAUACAGCUCAGUAGUUUUAUAAACCAUUUUCCUGUUGUAAAGUCUAGGUAUAUAAUAGCAAAACCUAAAUCCACUUGUUGUCCAUUGCAGUAUCCAAACAAAUCUGCUAAGUAACAAAAAUGUUCAAAAAAGCAACAAAAACUUGACCUUUAUUUUCUUCCUUUUCCUAUAUAUUUACUUUUCUUUCAGUCUUUCACAUGGCAUGUAUUUCAUUAAUCCCAGAAUAAUUGAAUCCUUGAAAUACUAAAUUUAGAGAUAGGAAUUUUAAAUUAAAGUAACCAAAAAUGCUUCACUCUUCUCAGCGGGACAGGCUUUCUUUGCAGAAGCACUGCAGGGCAGAGAUAGUGUACAUUAAAAGCCUUAAAAGAUAACAAAGCUUUAUAUAUAUUUUAAAUCAGAAAAAGAAGAAAGGACACAUCGUUUAUGAUGAAAGUAAGAGGAAAAUUUCUAGACGUUUGUUUCACAAGAAACAUGGGGUAAUCCAUUUCUUCAUAGGAAACAAGUGUUGUAAGAUUUGCCUUUUUUUGCUUUUCCGAGGGAUUAGAGCAAGUGGAGGAGGGCAAAAGAAUGAGCAAAACAGACUAAAGAAUAAAAGAAACGGCUCUAUAGUUUUAGAGGGAGGUGGCUGAAAUGAAGUGGUCGUGAGUAAGUGAAAUGUAACCCAUUAUACUGGCCUCUCAGCAGGUUUUCUUUAAUUUAUUAGUUGAAUUUUAGACAAUCUUCUGUUGCAUUACAUCAUUGUUUCUCUAGAUAAUAAAAUAGCCUGUUUAUGGAACAUGGGAUUUGGUAGCCAUAAACUUUUUAAUUAUUUUGUGUAAAUAUUAUACAUGAAUCUGAAAUGAAAGGCUGGCUUUUGGGUUACAGGGUACGGCAGGUUUUUGUGGUAUGGUAGUCACAGAGCAAUAUUGAGGGUAACUCUUUAUUUUGUUUUGUUACAGUGAUUUUUGCUCAUUUUGUUGUGAUUUCCAAUAUUAAUUUGUUAUCUCUCUCUCUCUCUGUGAUGUUCCCACCAAAGAAAGCAUGUUCCCGUCAGACAAAGAGAUAGAAGACGGUUAAUAAAAUAACAAAAAAACUAAAGUAAAAAAAAGCUCCCUGUGAUUCAUACACAGCAUGGUGAUCAUUAAGUGUGUGGUCAGAAAACACAAGUAAUGUACCCAGCACACAUCCACCAUGUUCAUCCACCGUGUGUGCUGUGAUCCCACGCUUUCCACCAAAAGAAAGUACAAUCUGUAUACACAUCAGUCCCUGUCACAGACAGUCACUGACUGCCAAAGAGGCAGAGAUGAAGAGAUGUCUCCAUAACCCUUGUAACAUCCAUAUUUUCUCUUCAACUCAUCCAAAAAUGAUCAUGACUACAGAUGUGUAUACUUUUUAUAAAAUGUCUACUCCACCCAUUUCUAUCUUUCUGUCUCUAUCUCAUUAGCACAUCCAUCUCUAACAGUGUCCACUUAAAGAUCUAGCUUACUGAUAUGUAUUCAACAACAAUAGUAAAUAAUGGUGCUGAAGUGUAUACUAAUGUUUGUAAAUUAUCUGAGACAUGGAUGUAAGUUUGCACUGUCAUACAUUUUGUGAGUCAGUUUUAGCAGUGUGCCGUGUGCUCAAUUUUUUUUUUCUUUUGUGAUUUUUUUUCUGUUUGUUUGAUUUAAACUGUGUGUGAGAAGGUGUACUGACACGUUAAAUACUAGAAUAUCUUCAAAAAAAAUGGACAAUAGUCAUUUAUUUCUCUUGUACAUAUUAAAAAAAAAGUUUAUAACACUCUGUUAGAUGUCAAAGCCUCUCAGGACUUGAGUCCACAAAGGCUUGUUGUGUCCAAUGGGACUGAUGAGAAAACUCUCUCUCUGCCUCACCUCUGUGCUCAUUAUCAAAUCAUAAGGGCAUUUCAGUGGCCAAAGUGGUGUCAUUGCCCCAAUUCCAGAAAAACAGCACUAGAGUCAGAGCUGAUGUGCCAUAGGCAAACACUGCCCUCCAGAGGUUCCACGUAGCACAGCUCUCGCUGUAAGGAUGCUGGUGAGGCUACAGUACAUUAACAUGGUUUUUAAAACAGUCUGUACUGGUGUGUUUGUGAGCGUCUAGUCAUUCAGAAUUUUUCUUUUGGAAAUAAAAAGGUCCUGUCUCAUUAUUUAGAUAUUUCCCUUAAAUUACAUACCGCAUUUUGUUUCUUUUCUGCCAAUAAUACUUCGAAUUAUGAAAACUGUCAAUUAAUUUAUUAUUGAUGUAUAUUGAGAGGCUAUAUUUUUCUUUUUUCUCUUGAUUUGUAAAGAUGAUUUAUGUAUCUUGUUGAUUCCACUGAACAGUGCAGAGGAUGAACCUGAGGUGACACACAUAAAUGCAAGUAAUCAUCUCUAUUGACUCCAGAGGUUUACCAUCUGAAGCGAAAGUGAAUUUCUUUCAUAAAGACACAAAAAAGAAAAAAUAUUCUGAAAUGAUGUGUGUGUGAGGAAUGCAAAGAUCACUACAGACACCUCUGCAGCUGUGAACCUGUUCAUUUCCUCUUGUUUUUAUUUCUUAUCCUUCUCAUGAGUGUCAUCGAAAACAGAAACGUUGUUCUCACUAUGUUGUGUGUGUUUACUGAAUGGUGUGGUUUUGGUGUGGGUGUCAUCCAGCACUGGGGAGAGGGAGAGGCCGCUGGGUGUUUCAGCGUUACAUGAUGUAAGAGACGUGGACGGGGAAAGUAUGAGACAGGCAGGAGACAGAUAUAGUUUAUAUAUUUUAAAAAAUGAAAUUAAAUGUAUCAUAAAAAUACAAUACAAUAGAGUAUGCUUGUAUCUUCCCGUAUAGUUAUUAGAACAGUUGUUCACCAAUAGGAUGUUUCAAAGGCGUUGAAUGUCUGGGGAGUUUCUUAUGUUUUAUGUUGUGCCCUGAAACAAAGGCAGCUUAAAAACACUGGGGUUCACCCACAUUACAUCUUAAAUAAUACCACCUCUCCCCCCAUAAAAAUGAAAUAUAUAGACAUGUAAAAUUUGGUGUAUCUGAUAUCUAUGGUGAUUGUGCCUUUCACAAUUUCUGCAUGGUUUUUGUGAUGUACUGAUUUUUUCCAUCCCCCUUAGUGGAUGUGAGUCCACUGACAGGCUAGACCUAUGCAAAAACCAACAGAUGGGUUUUCCAUCAUCCAUUCAGAGAACACAGAUACCCGCCAAAAAGGAAAAAAAAAACAACAACAACAAUAAAUGCUCAGGUUAA